AUGUCGCAGUCAAAACGCCUCUUGAACUUUUCUGCCGGGCCCUGCCAGCUGCCUGUGGAGGUCAUGGAAGAUGUGCAGCGCGAGCUGGUCGACUUCAGAGGCUGGGGAAUCAGCGUGAUGGAAAUGAGCCACCGCGGCCCGCACUUCAAGAAGGUGCUGCAGGAAGCAAAAGAAGCAGCAACUCGUUUUCUUGAAAUUCCCCAAACUCACAAUUUGCUGUUCAUGUCUGGAGGGGCCACAGCGCAGUUUGCUGCUGAGGCUUUAAACCUUUUAACUCCGGAGUUUCCCAGGGCCGACUACGCCAUCACGGGGUACUGGAGCAAAUACGCCAUGAAAGAAGCCUCCAUGUACGGGGAAACAAAAGCUGUCACAGAUGCUGCUGCUAAAGACUACCUCGAAAUAGACCCUGUCGAAACUUGGGAAAUGAGCGAAAAGGUGGCGUACCUGCACUACUGCGAAAACGAGACAAUUCACGGGCUGGAGUUUCCUGCUGCUCCUCCCGUCAAAAAGCUGCUGCCGGAUUUGCUGCUUCCCGGGGGGCCCCCCGGAGGCCCCCGGGGGCCCCCAAAUGAACCCUUUCUGCAAUAA